ACUGCUUCAUAUUUUUUUCCAACUCUGCAUAACAGACAUCUGGGGUUAUGAAGUCAGUCCUAGAUGGCCUUGCAGAUACAACCUUCAGAACAAUUACCACAGACCUUCUUUAUAUGGGUUCUAACGACAUCCAGUACGAAGACUUUAAAAGUGACAUGGCCUCCAAAUUAGGAUACUACCCACAGAAAUUCCCUCUGUCUUCUUUUCGAGGUGAUUUCCAUCCCAAAAUGACUGCAGGAGAAGAUGCCUCUUUAGUUGCACACCCCUCGGAUCAAAUCAAUCUUACAGAUUUUUACAACAAGACCUUGUCCCCCUUUAAGGAGAAUGAGGAGAAUAUACAGUGUGGAGAUAACUUUAUGGACAUGGAGUGCUUCAUGAUUCUGAACCCUAGUCAGCAGCUGGCCAUUGCAGUCCUGUCCCUUACCCUGGGCACCUUUACUGUUCUGGAAAACCUUCUGGUCUUAAUUGUCAUCCUGCAGUCUCGAAGCCUUCGCUGCAGGCCUUCUUACCAUUUCAUUAGCAGCCUGGCAGUAGCUGAUCUUCUUGGCAGUGUAAUCUUUGUCUACAGUUUUGUUGACUUCCAUGUUUUCCAUCGGAAAGACAGCCCUAACGUGUUUCUUUUCAAAUUGGGCGGAGUUACAGCCUCAUUCACUGCUUCAGUUGGCAGUCUUUUCCUCACAGCAAUAGACAGAUACAUAUCUAUACACAGGCCCCUCUCCUACAAAAGGAUUGUUACCCGGUCAAAGGCUGUGGUAGCAUUCUGUGUGAUGUGGACCAUAGCUAUUGUAAUAGCUGUUCUCCCUCUGCUUGGUUGGAACUGCAAAAAGCUCAAUUCUGUUUGUUCAGAUAUAUUUCCUCUAAUUGAUGAAAAUUAUCUGUUGUUCUGGAUUGGGGUCACCACUGUACUCUUGCUUUUUAUUGUUUAUGCCUAUAUGUAUAUACUCUGGAAAGCUCAUAGCCAUGCUAUUAGGAUGCUCCAACGUGGAACUCAAAAGAGCAUAAUAAUCCAUACUUCAGGGGAUGGUAAAGUGCAGCAGAUCACUAGGCCAGAACAAACACGCAUGGACAUUAGGUUAGCCAAAACUUUAGUCCUCAUCCUUGUGGUUCUAAUCAUCUGCUGGGGCCCCCUACUUGCUAUUAUGUUGUAUGAUGUCUUUGGGAAAAUGAACAAGCUCGUCAAGACUAUCUUUGCCUUCUGUAGUAUGCUGUGUCUGCUGAAUUCUACAGUGAAUCCAAUUAUCUACGCUCUUAGGAGCAAGGACCUGAGACAUGCUUUCAGAAGCAUGUUUCCAUCUUGUGAAGGGACCGCACAACCUCUUGAUAAUAGUUUGGAGUCUGACUGCCAGCACAGACAUGCUAACAAUCCAGGCAAUGUCCACAAGGCUGCUGAAAGAUGCAUUAAAAAUACAGUUAAGAUUGCUAAAGUGACUAUGUCAGUCUCUUCAGACACUACUGCAGAGGCUUUAUAAAACAAAAAGCACUGCUCCAUGGGAGAAGAAAAUGAGAGAAAGCAAAAGAAAAUCAUUAUUUCAAAAAUGUGUUUUUCCUCAAAUGUACCAUUUUAAAUUUUAUUCUUUUGAAGUGAUUUUUUGAAAUUAAGUAAUAGCCCCUUCCCCAAGUUCUAUAAACAAGGACUCAAGCUUUGUUUUUAAAAAUAUAUUUCUCAAUUGGCAAAAUAUUAAUUGGCUAAUAAUUGCUUAACCCUAUUAUCAUGUACAAAAACAUCUCAUUAAUCAAUGAGAAAGGCCUAUACACUAACGGGGAGCAUAUUAGAAGUUGAAUUGAGACAUGCACAAUAGUUUAAUCAGAUCUGAAACUAAUUUUAUAAUUGCAUUUAAUUUUUGGUAUGAAAUACAUUAAUGGUAAGUGAGCUUUCAUACCAUUACCUCCUCCAAAUGCGGCAGUACUGGAUUGUAAACAUUUUGUAUUAGGUCUUGUGAAAUGUAUGAUGUUUACUGUAUGUUACUGAUAUUUGUCUAAACAAAGUGAUUAAGUAGAUUUGUGUAGAAGUAAUGUAAAGUCUGUGAUGACGUAACCCUCUCACCCCUAUCAUGAAAAUACUUCCUGUAUUUUGAAGAAUUUCUGUGAGGUAUAUUGAAACUUUUAUGUUCUUAGUGGUUUUUAGUGAACUUAAAGGGAAAGGCUUUAUUAUAUUUGUUCU